AUGCGUACUCCUGUUCUGAUCGAGAUUUGUGCCAAUGGUACCAUCAUCAUCAGUCACUGUAUCGAUGUAUUCGGUGCAACUUUUCUAAGUUACACCUAUUUCGUUAGCAAUGCCACGAUGUCGCUACUUCAGUCUGAAAGUCGGGCCUGCUCACGUCCCUUUCGUUUUGUAGCCCAUUCUCCUUCCGGAGUGGACGCUUCAUCGAAUAUUAAAGGUCCUUCGUUCACGACCUACCAGCGUGCAUCAUGA